AAGCGGGAGGCGGAAGGCGCCCUAGGUUUGAAAUAGGAAAGUUGGCUAGGCUGCGGUAGCGGAUCUUGGAGUUCGGCUGUUGGUUGAAAUCGAUUCAGGUCUUGCGGGGCAGGUGGCUGGGCUCAGGCCUGCCGGAGAAGGUGGGAAUUGACCUGGGCUCCGAAACCCGCCUGUCGCGCCUUGUCUUACAAAAUGGUAGAGGAUGAACUGGCACUAUUUGAUAAAAGCAUAAAUGAAUUUUGGAAUAAAUUCAAAAGCACUGUCAGUGACACCUCCUGUCAGAUGGUGGGACUAAGAGAUGCCUACAAGGACUCAAUUAAAGCAUUUGCAGAAAAGCUGUCUGUGAAAUUAAAGGAAGAAGAACGGAUGGUUGAAAUGUUUCUGGAAUAUCAAAAUCAAAUCUGCAGACAGAAUAAACUCAUUCAAGAGAAAAAGGAGAAUUUAUUAAAGCUGAUUGGUGAAGUAAAAGACAAAAAACAGGAAGUGGAGGCACUGACUGCAACUAUCCAGGAUCUUAAGGAAGAAUAUGCUAGGAAGAAGGAAACUAUUUCCACUGCUAACAAAGCUAAUGGAGAGAGGUUGAAAAGGCUACAGAAAUCUGCAGACUUGUAUAAAGACCGACUUGGACUAGAAAUUCGAAAAAUUUAUGGUGAUAAAUUGCAGUUUAUAUUCACUGAUAUUGACCCUAAGCAUCCUGAUCGUCCAUUUAUGUUUUCCCUGUGCCUAAAUGAAGCAAGGGACUAUGAAGUGUCAGAUAGUGCUCCUUAUCUUGAGUGCCUCGCAGAAUUUCAAGAAAAUGUAAGGCAGACCAACAAUUUUUCUGCUUUUCUUGCCAACGUUCGGAAAGCUUUUACUGCCAUGGUUUAUAAUUAAUGUAUAAAUAGUGUGUAAAAACAGUUAUCCCUCUUGUGUUUCUCUUUUUAAAAAAACUGUCAUUAUUUGAUGUUUGUAAUCUUUAUUUUUGUAACAUUUCUGUGUGCUGAUUUUUGUCAAUUAUUUUCAUUAAAAUCUUGGGAAAGAAGGUUUAAGUCAAGCUAUUAGAAGUCAUGGAUCAGUAAUAAUAAAAAAUGAAGGGAGUGAGUCCAAUCUGUGGUUUGCACUUCACAGAGUAAGCGCUAUCAUCCUAAUGUCUUAAAGGAAGGAAUGUUUUUAUCUUAAACCAAGAGGGAUCUACAGUUAAAGGACAAAUCUUUGUAUCAGAAGAAAGUUGGCAGUGUUCUAAAAUAUCUAGAAAAGGAUCUAAUUUUGAAAAUCCAAGUGUAGAAAAUUUAUAAGCAAUUUCCGUUUUGUAAUAUUUAUACUGGUUAGUUGUGGUCUAGACAUAUAUUUGACAUCUUUGGAGUCUAUUCAAUACAGUCUAGAACUCAAAUCAGUUUUCUUCUAGGAUUUCAUUUUUGUCACUCAUCUUUCCUUAAAAAUUUGGUUGUGUUUAGGUCUGCUGGCUUUAGUGGAAGCCACAUACUGCUGUCUCAGGAUAUCUUGGGCACACCUAAAAGCCAUGGAGCGGUGGCCUCCCUGCUUCUAGCUGCUUCUGACUUCCCCUUGCUGUCUGGUUGGGGGAGGUUAAGCCAGCUGUCUCGUCAAAGCUGGAGGGAGCUUCAGAGCACUAUCCCUCAGUCGCCUCGUGUCUAGGACUUGGCUCAGGGUUCUGCUCACCAUCGCAUAGCAGUGGAAUUUAUCUAAGAAUGCUGUGGACUAGUGGGAAUGUUAUUUCUCAGACAUCCCCAGUGUGCAGACCAGCUUUUAGGCACCACUGAUUGAUACUAUCUCUGCAGAGAUGAAAGGCUGAUAAACUUCCCUGGAGAUUGGAGUGUGUGGUACAAAUAAUCAUCUUAUCCUGUCUUAGCAUGGGCUUGGCUAAAGGAGUAUUUUAACAGGGAGUUCAGUGAGCAGACUAUCCAGUUUUCCUAGGCAAACCUUCACAUUUGGCCUUAUUUUGUAAUAUACCUACAUUUAAAUGAAUAUAGAAAGCCAUAUCAAAACCCAGCUCUGGUUUUUAUGGACCUGGCUUUAUUUGGAGUGUAAAUUAUAUAAGCAGAAUCCCAUUUCUUAGCUCUUUCUCCUGGGUUAAGACUCAUGUGGUGAAUCCCAGCAAUUUCAAGCUCAUCUCAAUCUCUGAACCAAUCACUGGUGAUCAGAAGAGUAAAGUAUAUACGUUGGAUUAGGUUAGAUUCUCUAGAAACCCAGGUCUGGAGGUAGAUUAAGCUCGAUAACUGAGCUAAGAGUAGGGAUGUUAUUCUUUAAAUGCAAAUAGACACUAAAUGUUUAACAUAAAAAGAUAGCAGGUGACUAUUAUAGUGAAUACAUAUUUACUGAAUUCCCAGCUUGAAAUAUAUCAACAAGGAACAAAAAAUUUAAGAAAUAUUUUCAUUCAUUAAAACUAGAGAAAAACCACAUAUCCUACCACAAAUUCUGGAUAUAAUGUUUUGAACCAUAGAGUGAAAAUGCACCAGGCAUUGAUUCUGAAAGGUCUUUUUUACCUGCAAGUUAGAGAAAUGAAGAUUGGGGAUGAGACACUUAAUGGGGAGCUCUCCACUUAGAUGCAUUUCUCCUCAAGGAUCACCAUUCUUCACUUCUAACUGGGGGUCCAUCUAGUCAGAGCUAUGGUUUUUCCAGUAGUCAUGUCCGGAUGUGAGAGUUGGACCAUGAAGAAGAUUGAGCACCAAAGAAUUAAUGCUUUCAAACUCUGGUGCUCGAAAAGAUUUGAGAGUUCCUUGGACUGCAAGGAGAUCAACCAGUUACUCCUAAAGGAAAUCAACCCUGAAUAGUCAUUGGAAGGACUGAUGCUGAAGCUGAAGCUCCAACACUUAGGCUGCCUGAUGUGAAGAGCCAACUCACUGGAAAAGACCCUGUUGCUGGGAAAGAUUGAGGGCAGGAGGAGAAGGGGGUGACAGGAUGAGAUUGUUGGAUGGCAUCAUUCACUCAAUGGACAUGAGUUUGAGCAAACUCCAGGAGAUAAUGAACAGGGAACCUGGUGUGUUACACUACAUGGAGUCUCAAAGAGUGGGACACAACUGAGCAACUGAACAAAAAUGACAAGCUUAAAUUUUAAAAUUUGAUACAUUAUGAAAAUUGUGCUUUGAAUGGUUAAGAAUGCAUAUGAAAGGGAAACCAAGCUAGUCCAUUAAAUUUCCUCUAUCCAUUUUAUUUAGGAUGGUAUGUUGUAAAAACCAAAUAAUAGUUUUCAGCAUUUAAAACCUUCCCGAUACAGAAAUAAAGCACAAGAUACAAGAUACAAAAUUCAAUUUCAUAAAUGGGAAAAAAUAUGCAUAAGUAGUAAAACUGAUUGAAAUGGAAUCUCAAUGGGGUACACUAACCUAUUCCACAUUUUGUAAUAAAAUGGAGCAAGACCUCUAAAAUUAAACUCAAUAGCUAAGUUAAAAAAACAGCAUCAGCACAAAAUCUGCUAAAAUGUCUUACUAAUGGGUUUAAAGUUUUGAUUUCUCAGCUAAUGAGGAUUAGAAAAUGUUGCUUCUCUUCCAGUUCAGAGGAUUCUGAUACAGAGACAAUUAGUUAUGCUUUAAUUUGUGUACCAUGACCGUGAAUUGCCUGUUUAGCUGUAAAGCUAGCAUAGUAUCUUUCCAGGUGGCUCAGUGGUAAAGAAUUUGCCUGCUAACGCAGAAGGAGGAGACAUGGGUUCUAUCCUGGAUUGGGAAGAUCCCCUGGAGGAGGAAAUGUGACCCACUGUGGUAUUCUUGCCUGGAAAAUUUCAUGGACAGGGGAGCUUGGUGGGCUACAGUCUAUGGGAUCGCACAAAGUUGGACACAAUUGAGCAUGCAAAAUAGCAUAGUAGCUAACAUAUAGUAGAAACUUAAUAAAUAUUUGUCAAUGUUGAACACA